AUGGUUAAUAAGACAGUAUUAGUUCAGCUUGGAGAUAUACUUGAUCGAGGUGAGGACGAAUUAGCCAUUUUGUCAUUGCUGCGAUCCUUGGAUAUCCAGGCUAAAGCUGAAGGUGGAGCAGUUUUUCAGGUCAAUGGAAAUCAUGAAAGCAUGAAUGUCGAAGGGGAUUUUCGAUUUGAGGAGAAUGGAGGAUUUGAUGAGUGUGUUGACUUCUUGGAAUAUUUGGAUGACUGUAGAAAUGACUGGGACGAAGCUUUUGUUGACUGGAUUGGUGUUUCACGAAAGUUAAAAGAAGAUAGGAAAAUGCCUCAAAAUUAUUGGGAUCCAUGGAAUCUAGUCAAGAGGCAAAAGGGUGUGAUUGCCAGAUCAAUCCUUCUAAGACCAGGUGGUCCAUUGGCGUGCGAGUUAGCGCGGCAUCCUGUUGUUCUUAAGGUCAAUGACUGGCUUUUCUGUCACGGUGGUCUUGUUCCUCACCAUGUUGCAUAUGGAAUUGAGAGAAUGAAUAGGGAAGUAUCUCAAUGGAUGAGAGGCCUCAGUAAGAGUGAGGACGAUCCUGAGAUCCCUUUCAUAGCCACAACGGGAUAUGAUAGUGUUGUUUGGAAUCGUUUGUACUCAAGAGAUCAUUCAGAUUUCGAUGACUACCAGAAUAACCAGAUACACUAUAUUCUUGAAAAGACACUACAUGCGCUGGUGGUAGGGCAUACUCCUCAAACCGUAGGGGUAAACUGUAAAUACGAUUGUAGCAUAUGGAGGAUUGAUGUUGGAAUGUCAAGUGGAGUUCUUAAUUCAAGACCAGAGGUUCUUGAAAUAAUAGGCAACAAAGCAAGAGUUAUCAGAAUGAGGGAUAGCUUCAGUGAACUCAAUGUUGUUGAUUACAUAUAGUCAAGCAAGCAAGUUGCUUUCAUGGCUCAAAUUGUUUAUACAACAGAAGAUUAAUCGACUCUGAUGAAAGUUUAGCACCAUUUUUGACAAUCUUGAGAGCAGAAACAGAAGAGCGGAGAGGAAAACCCAGCUAUUGUAUCAUAUAUCAUACAUAUAUACACAAAACUGAAGAUUGCGUGA